UCUCUCGUCAUGCAAGGGACAAUCCAGAGUGAGCAGAGCCUGUUUACCAGGUCUGAAGAUGAAAUCUUGGAGGUCAUUUCUGGGAACCAUGUUCCUGAAUAUGAUACCAGCCUUGAUGUUCCUUCUCUUUUCUCCACCGCUCGAAACAUCAUUUCUGCUUCAUUCCAGACCAUUGACAAUCUUGUGCAGGGCAUUCAAGGACUAGAUAUGGAAACCAUAAAUGAGAAGUCCCCCGAACCCUACAGCUCCUCAUUUUGCCCUCCUAUUGAGUCCAUUCGUUGUCAGAUGGCAUAUUAUAGGGUUCCAAGUGAUACUUCCAUAGAAGCUUGUACCCUUGAAAUACUUAAGAAGUUGUCAAAGUAUUCAUGGGAAACAAAGGCAGUGCUCGCCCUGGCGGCUUUUGCUUUGGAAUACGAAGAAUUUGAUCAACUUGCCAAGUCAGUGGGGAUCAAACGACAUGACGUAGUGGUUGAGUUGAACAAUCUGAUCAAGGCCACAUUGGAAGUCAUUGAUUAUCUCCUCAAGUUGGAGUGGCUUUUUCGUAAUUAUGAUGUACCAUCAUCGGCAAGUUCAACGAAGGAUAUCCCAGUAAUUGUCUACUGGUCGAUCCUAACUAUUGUAGCUUGUGCGAUGACUAAGGUCACUGUUCUUACUAGCUAUGAGGAGGACAUGCAAUACAACCUAUCCAAGUUUCUUCAAAAAAUCCAGUUUAUCCUUGCCAACCUUAGAGGACAGCUUGCAGUCUGCGAAAGAGAAAUAGAGGAUCAAGGAAAGACCACAUCCGAGGGAAAAGAAGAAUAUUUGACAACGGAAUUGAUGAAAUAUACAGAGUUUCACUGGCAAGUCCCUGAAAGCAUGCGUAACUUCAUACCUUACAGCGCCGAAGUGACCCUUGAGAGCGCCGAAGUGACCCUUGCUGAAGUUAUGCAUGCUUUCAAGGACUUGGUUUUCCCCGAUGAUAAUGUGCAGCCCCUCAUUGAUGGAUCUACAAAGGAGCAGGUAGACAUCGGAGUGCUCAGUUGGAACAGUUUGUUCAUUUUGUUUUCGAGCCUAGACAUUCCGAAGCUGAUAUUUCAAUUCUCAAACGGGGUUAUGAGGAAACGAAAAAAGAGGACAACAAUUAUAAGAUUGUGUGGAUCCCCAUUGUGGACAAGUGGACUGAUGCCCUCCGGGAGAAGUUUGUCGUGUUGAUGUCUAAGAUGCCAUGGUACACAUUGCAGUAUUUUGAACCUGAUGCAGCAUGCGUCAGUAAAAUCAAGGAGGAGUGGCACUUCAAGGAUAAGCCUAUGGUGGUCGUGAUGGACUCAGAAGGCGAGAUUAAAAACACUAAUGCACUUCCCUUGAUUCAAAAAUAUGGAAUCGAGGCCUUUCCUUUCCAUGAGGAUGACGAGCACCAUGAAAAGAAAGGUCUUUUAGCACGUAUUUUUCAUAAAGGUGUACGUCGUUAAUCACACACUACAUAGAAUAAGGCACAUAAGCUCAAAUGUUGGAAGAUACAAGAAUGCCAGCUUGAAGUAGAAGUAAUGCCACAAAAUGCGACGGAUGCGUGUUUCUCUCUUUUUUCUCCACGUUUUUUGGUCAUCAUUAGUGAUGUGUAUGUUU